UUGACUAUCAUUCAUCUUUUGGAUGUUCCGUGUCAGACACAAUAUGUCCUAGGUGGCUAACGGGGGCAUUGUUCUCCCAUUGCCCACUUCUUUCGGCCUGUGCGGGGGGUUUUACUCUGGCAGCUUUCGUUAAGCAAGAUAACGUUACUGCAGUUUAUACAUUGUGACGUUAAUUUGUUUUUAUUUACAAAUAAGCAUAUUUUAAACUGCAGAUUGUAUCACCAGCUCACACGGUAUAUUCAAUUUCCUGUGUAAAUUAUCGGAAUGUCGCUAAAAUAAAGUCUUGUUUUGAUCAAGGAGCAGUGCCAAUUUUCAAAUCGACACGUGUGUGUUAAUAAUAAUAUGUUAGUCAUUCUAAUAUAUUGUUUAACUUCCAUCAAAAAUAAAUGUUUUAUAUUAGUGGAUUGUCUAUUGCAGUGAUUUACGUGAGAUUGUUAGCUGAUGAUCUCAUUUCACUGAAUUUGUCUGAAAAGUUAUUUACUCCACAUAGUGUAUCUUCGUCCAUCCGACUCUAUGUCAGUGUCAUUUAGUGAAAGGCAGAACAAUUAAAUGCUCUUGCACAAGAAGGUACAAGUAACGUGUGUAUCCACCUUUUGCUGUUCAUACAACAGAAUAAAAGAUUUAUUUUGCUGCGACUGAGGAAAUCCUGUAAUGAAGAAAUGAUGGCCUACCCAGAGUCCCACAACCCAUUUGCAGACAACGAUGAUGACGAAGAGAGCUUCCGGCCUUCAAACAGGGGCUUCGACGGCGACAGCGGACUGAGCGACGCCGAGAGGAGACAGCGCUACCUCCAGCAGGAAGUGAUGCGUACGGCUCAGUCUGCGGUGGACAGCAGCUACCGGUCCCUCAGCUACAUCUACGAAUCAGAGAAGAUGGGUGUGGAAACAGCAGAGGAGCUGAUGCGACAGGGGGAAGUUCUAAAAAGGACGGACAAAAUGUUAGACAACAUGGAUGAGGAUCUGAAGACAAGCCAGAAGCACAUCAACAGUAUCAAGAGUGUUUGGGGAGGCCUGGUCAGUUACUUCAAGGGCAAACCUGACCAGACCAAACCUCCACCGGAGGAGCUAAAGCCCUACCAGGCCAAUGAAAGAUUACAGAGUGCUUUGGCCACCAGCAGAGAGCAAGAAGACAAGUACCAAGCAAGUCAUCCCAACCUAAGAAAGCUGGAGACAGGAGGGUUUGGGGCCACGACAUCGGCAGACGGCGGUUCCUCCGCACAGAAUGGAUAUUCUCAGAACAGACACCUUCGACAAGCUCACCAGACGUUGGACAACAAUUUAGAUGAAAUGGCACACGGCUUGAGCAGGCUUAAGAACCUCGGGUUGGGUCUCCAAUCUGAGAUCGACAGCCAGGAUGACCCCAUCGAUUCUCUGCUCAACAAAGUGGACAAGAUGGACACAAAACUCAAUAACACAAACCAGCAGAUUAAACGGCUCAAAUAAAACAAACUCUUUGGACCUCACAAACAACCAAUAAGUCAUCACUUGAUUUCUAUCCUGACCCUCCCUAUCAAAAGUACACUUGCUCACACAUCAUACCGUAUUUGAUGUAUGUGCAUUAAAGGGAAGACUUCAUGUUUGUAUUUGUAAGUAGUCUUCUCCAUCAGUCAUUCAGGUUGAUCUCAAUACAUUAGAAUAACGUAGAAAUGUUUUUUUUAAGUAGUUCAAUCCAAAAAAUGAAACUCAUAGAUUGCCUACAGACACAGUGAAAGAUUUCGUUUCAGUUUUUAGAAUUUUGAUUAUAGCUUAACGCUAACAAAAACCUCAAAAUGAUGACCUCAAGAUAUUUAGCAUAUUACAUAUGAAACCAUAAAAAAUACAUACAUUUCUAUCGGAAUUAGGUUGAACUGCCCAUCUAUUGUAGUUAAUAUAUUUAAUGGAUAUAAAGUUUCAUAUUUUGAAUUGAAUGACUGAAUUAAGUUAACUUUUCUAUGAUAUUCUGAUUGAUUGAGAUUCACGUGCUGACAAAAAUGUAUAAAAACAUGCUGCCUUACUCUUGUACACACAAAGCUGUUUCAAUUGUUUGUUAUUUCUCAUGCCAACAUCACUUGAAUUCUCCCAAAAAUAUUUUCUUUUUUUUUUACUCCUUACUGAGCCUUUGAUGCAUCGAUUGUUUAGAUCAAUUUGAAUGUUCGUGUAUAAAGGAUGAUUGGCAAAUAUAUAUCAUGUGAUUGACCUGGAAUCAUUGACUAUAAAAUUAAAGUUGAAGAAUAUCCCUGUA